AUGAUUAAAUGCAAAUGAAUUAUUGCGGUGAAAGCUGAUUAUUUUAUAAUAGUUAAGCAAACUAUGAAUUUUUGAUUUUAUUUAAUAAUGCUAAAAAAAGCAUUUUUAAUUUCAUUUUUUUCACCAACAAGGUGCUUUAAAUUAAUAUUUGGAAUUCUAUCAGAAAUUAGUAGCACCAAGCAUUACUUUAAGCUCAAGAACUCAAGUUGUUGCAUCUUGUAUAAUUUGGAUAAAGAAUAA